AUGUCGUCGACUACAGAGAACCCUCGACGGGCUGUUCCCGCCCAGUUAGGAUUUCUGGCAAUUUACAACCCUUCCUUGGGCGCAACAGACGAGACAGUCAAAGAUCAGAUCGUAUACUAUUCAACACCUGGGCUGCGAGGGAGGAGCCAAGAGCGAUCGAGUACCGGCAACAAGACUGUCGAUGAUGACGAACGGGAGCAGAAUAAUGAGCAGUUGAGGCAGGUUGGCCUUGCGCAGGGCAUGGUGGAAUUUGGCAGGAGUUUCUCGGAUGGCAGGGCGGUGGAUACAGUAGAGACCGAGAAGUCUCGCAUCGUUCUCCAUGAGCUGGAGUCCGGGUGGUGGAUCUUGGCCUCCAUCAACCUAACGGUUCUCCCAACAGCAAAGGCAGCCACUGCAAAGGGCAAGGAGACAGAGCCUGAACCACUGGAAUAUUCCUCUCGCGAAGUCAAGCCAGCCAUACUGCUUCUGGGUGACCUGCUGCGAGCACACUCAACUUUUCUCCUGCACCAUGCGUCCUCGAUGAGUGCGCUAUUCGUCCGUUAUAGAAGAUCUAAAUUCGUUGGGAUUCUGGGCCGCUAUUGGGAUACAUUCCUCACGACGUGGAACGUGCUAAUGCAUGGCAAUCCAGCCAACAAUCUCUACGGCGGUAUCAAAAUUGCCGCUUGUGGGGAACUCGGCGUGGGUGUCGGAGAGGAGGAGCGGGGCAGUGGCGAACGAGAGGUCCUUGAAGGCUUUGUUGGCCGACUUGAAGGACUUGUCGAUGUCAUAGUGUCCAAAUUUGGGGAGGCAGACGACGGUGAUACAGAAACGUCUCACCAAAAAGAUUCAAAAGAGAACGGCCCAACGGAGCCGUGGCUUGGCUCUGGAAACGAGCCAAAUGCAGAGGACGGUGCCAUUUUCCUUGGGACUGGUGCAUUAUCACGAAAAUCGCUCCGGGAUGUCUCGCACUGGAUCGAGGACCUUUACAAAUGGGGGCCUUACGCAUAUGGAGUGAUUGAUAACCCAAGCUCCAACCGCCGAUCGAAGAAGAUGAGAAAGGAUUUGGCACUGAAGAGAGCAGUCCAGUCUCCUGACAAGAAGAAAGCACGACAGGUUUACGGCCUGACUAUCCGUGACAAGAUUCACAGAGAGAGCCCUUUGCGCCACGAGAGCCCUUUGCGCCCCGAUUUGAUGACUGCUGUACCACCAAUGCCAGUCAAUGAUAGUGAUGAUACAGCUGCUAGCCCGAUGUCCAACGAACGCCGAACAUCUCUUCAGCGAGGACCAUCUAGUUUUACAGGUUCCGAGAGUGAUUCACCCGCAAUAGGGAACAGACUCGUUCAAUACUUGAAAUUUGGUUAUGGGACACACUGGUCACUAGGCUCAACCCCAAAUGAUACUCUUAGGAAGCAUGAGCGCGCGACAGACUUAUCGAAGACACUUCAAACCGUUCCAAAUUCUCCGGGAAUCGAUGGCACGACUGAAACAUCAACGAAGGCAGGAUCCUCGGGCCAUUUUUUGAUCGGACUCCUGGGAAACAUCGAUGAAGACGAUAUAGAGACUUCUGACGUCAACCCUGAAGGCUUGCCGAGCCGCUCAGAAGAGGACUUAAAUUCUAGAUUAUUACUGCGAACCUUGACCCUCGAAUUAGAAAGGGAUGAAGAUGCCCGAGUUGAGACUGAGAUUAGUAUCGAUCUAGGGGCCCGCAAGCAGUCUCAAUCCACGGUCGAUGGAUCUGAACAUACUGGCACCUCCAAGACUUCAUUUGAAAGUCAGGAUCGAAACAAGACAAAGAAACUACGGGUUGUGGUUUAUGUGAAAAAGCCUUUCGUUUUUGUGUUUCUUUUCGAAUUGAGAUCGGACGCAUUGGCAAUGACGAGUCUCUACCGCUCCCUACACCAUCAGAUCAGCUCUCUCAUAAAACCUCUGCUUCUCUCGACAGCAUACCGAGCAUCCAUGCCAGAAGUAAGCGCCACUGAUGAAUCUACCACUCCGAUAUACGAUCUUGUUUGGGACCCGAAACUCCUGACUGUCAAUUCAACCAUUCCCAAUAUUCCGGAUCCGCUUCAGCCGCAGUCAUCCACAGGGUCUUUGCCGUGGUCUCGUAUCGAUGCACUGAAUACACAUAUGCAAAUCGUCAACACCUAUGUCGCGACCACUACCGACAGUUCCUCAGUGGAGCGUACUUGCAAGACAAGUCGAGGAUGGUGGGUUGUAUGGACAAAAAUCCCCGACCCAGAUCCACCUGAGGUUCCUUCCAGCUUGGAGCGUGGUGUUCCGUCUCUUGUGAAAGAGGACAGCACAGAAAGUCAGAUGGUGGGCCCGUUGUUAAGCACCCAGGGCACGAGCACAUUCGGUGCGAGUAUAAUCUCGGGGCCUGCACACCCUUUCCUCGAGAAUACCUACGUUGAGUUUGUGCCCAAGGAUAAAGAGAUAUUUUUGAUACGAAGGGCGAGCGACCACGCCGCAGCAAGGUUCACAAGCAGAUUUCCAAGCGGCUCUUCCAUGGUGAACUCUGAAGCUGGCUGGACAUCUGGGCCGGGCAAGCUAGCACAGGGUAUCGGCGUUGACACGAGGCGAUAUAUUGAAGGUCUAUUGAACCUGCAUAGAUAG